CCGUCGGUAACUAGAGCGUCGGUGCCCCCACUCGACGCCACAUCACUGCGCGCCACACCUGGCGCUGGCGAAGGGAUCGGCUGCGAUACCAAGGAUAGACAACAAACCAAUCAGACAAAAGAAGAUACUAAUUACAUGAUAUAGUGAAGGUCUAUUAUUAAAAUCUAAAUUCGUCCUAUAAUCUAGUGCUAAAACCUAAGUUAAUCUAUCUAGUGUUUAUACCUUGACCGUAAAUACUAAAUUCAAGAUAAGGUUACAACUACGGCUAGAAACUAAGGAGAAAUUAGUGCUAUACUAUAAAUACUACAAACUACUGCUAGAUCUACACAAGUGAACGCUAAAGCUGCGCAUAGCUAGGGAUGCUCAAGACGCAUUCGGAGUAUUAUGUGGAAGAGAAGUUGAAUUGCUAAAAGUAGGUUGAUUAGGGUAAUUAAUUUCGCAUAUGUCUAAUUUGUUAAUUAAUUCCUCUAGGAAUUUAUAACCUCCCUAUUACUCGGUAAUAAACGUUAAUGAAUUCGGCAAAUUCAGGCGACAUCCGCAACUAUUCUUCCAACAUUUUAUAAAUUCUUUUAUAAUGUCGAAGAAGUCGUCCAGCCCUGCAGGCAGCGCCCUUGGAAUGCCAACACCAGGGAUGGUAGGAGAAACUGGAAAAGAUUCUGGGCAGGCAGGUCCACCCGUUGUCAUCGUUUCCCCUCCUAGCACCGAAGGCCACGUAAAUGCUGACGUUUCCAAUAAUAAAAAUCCCCAUUUAACUGGGUCAACGGUACCUAACGCUGUCAAUGUCGGCAAUACCGCCAUCGGUACCGCGAUCGGAGUCAGGCGCAAUCCAAUCCGCGGCGCUCGAAGAAACCGGGAUUACCAGUGUCAGUUGUGUGAAGAGCGUGAUAACGAAGAAAUGGUGCAGUGUGAUGGUUGCGAUCGGUGGUUCCACUUCAUAUGUGUGGAAGUUUCGGAAGAAAUUGCCAAUGUCAGUUGGGUCUGUCCGAACUGUAAGGUCCCACGCAUUCCCCCCACUAGUUUCACCAAUACAACGACCGCACAACAGCAAGUAAAUCCACCCCCGAAGAAAACUACAUCGCUACGGUCAAAGAGCAAGGUCAGCUCCAACACCAGUGGAUCGAGAAGGAUGAAAGAACUCGAGUUGAAGAAACUCGAGGAGGAGUUCGAGUUGGAAAGGCGGUUCCUCGAACGGAAGUACCAACUAAUGAAGGCUUAUGGAAGCGAGACAUCUACGGAGGCUGAUGACGUCGAAGACAACAUGUCCAAGAUCGAGCAGUGGUUAGUCGAAACCGAACUCCACGGUGAAGAUUCUGGAUUAGCAGUAGAGGAGGCAGAUGGGCAAACACCGAACACAUCGGAGAGACCCGAGGAGCACCGAGCUCCGGAUGCCGUCCAGCGUCAGCGAAAUCCACCAAUUCUUCGCAAUGUUCAGCUCGGUCAGCCGCAUCAGAGUUGUCUGUCACAGUCUGUACGACAUACAAAGCAGCCAUUCAUGCAACCGUUGGAUCUAGGUGCUCAAUGCAACCGCUUCUGGCAAAGCUCUCAUCACCCUAAUAUUGGACAACCGCAAUCCAUUCCGACCGCGCAACGAAUACAGUUUGAGCAAUUUUCGGUGAAUGAACGUCGUGCUUCACAUCCCCAGGAUGGAACAGUGUUCAUGCCAGGAACGAUACCGGAUAUGUGCCGUAGCCAUCGUGGUCAAGGGAUUCGGGAGCCAGCAGCUGGUGCGAGAUCUUCCUACGUUCCGGAAUUAAAUCCAAGCACACGAAGUGACGACCAGCGCCAUGACUUGUUCUACCGCCAGCAGAUGCAGCCACAGAGCUGUUCCAGACCAUCUUUCGUCCCUUCGAUGAAUUUGGGUACCCUGGAGGAAGCCAACCAGUUCGUUCCUGGCCAGCGCUCGACACCGAUUCGAUCGGGCAAUCCGAGACCAGGCACACCAGUUACAAUUCCAGAGGAGCAGGUCUGUAUUCUAAAUCGGAGCCAAAUUGCAGCUCGCCAGGCGGUGUCCAAGGAUCUACCUGAAUUCAGUGGAACGUUGGAAGAGUGGCCUUUAUUCUACUCCGUGUUCACGUCGUCCACGCAGAUGUGUGGAUUCACAAAUGAGGAGAACAUGCUGAGACUACGGAAGUGUUUGAAAGGGAAGGCGCUGGAGGCAGUGAGGUGCGAGCUACUUUUUCCUUCAAACGUAGCAGACGUAUUGGGAACGCUAAAGAUGCUCUACGGGCGCCCAGAAGCGAUAGUACAGUCGAUCGUCAAGAAGAUAAGGAACCUGCCUCCACCAAACACGGAAAAGCUUGAGACAGUGGUGAAUUUUGCGUUAACGGUGAAGAAUAUGGUCGCAACAAUCAGAGCAUGUGAGGUCGACGACUUUAUCUUCAACGCAUCUCUCCGAUACGAGCUAGUAGAGCGGCUGCCGUCAUCUUUAAAGCUAGACUGGGCGAGGUAUGCUCGUAACAACCCGAACCCGAAUCUCGCCACGUUCAGUGCUUGGUUGUAUGCAGUAGCGGAAGAUGCAAGUGCUGUUAUGGUGGAUACAGGACGCGAUCAACAAAGGCGGAGUACCAAGAAGGAUGGGUUCCUGAACUUCCACUCCGAGCCAGAAACGAGUGCCGCAAAACCAAUCGAAACGUAUAGCAAGCCAAAGCCGUCCAUACUGAAGGAUCCGAUCAAGGAGCAGUGCGCGGUGUGCAAAGGGAGCUGUCCGUCAGUUGCAAAAUGUACCAGGUUCGAGGGAUUGAGCUACGAUUCGAAGUGGGCGACGGUGAAAGAGUGCAAGCUUUGUCGCAAGUGUCUGCGAAAGCAUAACGGAACAUGCAAGCAACAGAAAAAGUGCGGUACUAACGGAUGUACAUUCCUGCAUCAUCCUCUGCUCCACAAUCUGGAAAAGUACCACGACCCUAAGUCAUCAACGUCGCAAUCAUCUACGAUCUUUCCGUCUGGACCGAAAGGACCGGAGCCGAGCUGCAACGUCCACCAAGGUCAGUCGGCAGUGUUAUUCCGCAUUGUUCCUGUCGUACUAUACGGACCGGAAAAGGCAGUGCAGACCUACGCGUUCAUCGAUGAUGGAUCCGAGCUAACCCUGAUGGAACAAGACUUAGCUAAUGAACUAGGCGUCGAAGGGCCGAGAAAAUCGUUGUGCCUAAAAUGGACCGGCGGAACCCGUAGGGUGGAAAACGAGUCGCAGCAGGUGAAUCUGCAAAUAUCCGGUGUACGAAGCUCGAAGAAGUACGACCUGUCGGGAGUGUACACCAUGUCUUCCCUUCAAAUUCGUCCGCAAACGCUGCUACUUACCGAGAUGCAGAACAAAUAUCCGCACCUGGCUGGACUACCACUCGAAGCGUACGAAGACAUCAGUCCUCGAAUCCUCAUCGGUUUAAACAACGCCAAACUCGGACAUGGAAUCAAAAGCCGGGAGGGAAAGCAGAAUGAGCCAAUCGCAGUGAAGUCUCGCUUAGGCUGGAUGGUGUACGGCAACUGUACCGGAAAGGAAGAGGCGGCCGGAUAUCUGAACUACCACAGUGUCCAAACCUGCGAUUGCAAUCGGGAGAAUGAUGAUGAUCUCCACAAAGCGAUGAAAUCAUACUUCGCGCUUGACAGCCUCGGGGUUGUCAAACCAAACAAGCUACUGCUCUCGCAGGAAGAACAGCGAGCUCGAUCCCUGUUGGAUUCUCUAACCCGCUUAGGAGAUAACCGUUACGAAUGUGGUCUUCUAUGGAAGUACGAGAAUGUCCGACUCCCGGACAGUAAAGCGAUGGCCCUCCGGCGGUGGAAGUGUCUGGAAAAUCGGAUGAUAAAGGAUCCAGCCUUUGCGGACGCGCUGAAGACGAAGAUGCAGGAACACAUCAGCAAGGGUUAUGUUAGGAAGCUGACCGCUGAAGAACUCCGAGAGCCACAUCCACGAGUCUGGUACCUUCCGAUAUUCGUCGUAGAAAACCCUAACAAACCUGGAAAGAUACGCAUGGUAUGGGAUGCUGCAGCCAAGGUCCACGGCAUUUCUCUCAACUCGGUCCUUCUAAAGGGUCCCGAUGAGCUGGCAUCGCUUCUGUCCGUAUUAAUUCGCUUCAGAGAGUUCAAGGUGGCCGUAUGUGGGGAUAUCAGGGAGAUGUUCCAUCAGAUUCUGAUGCGGUAUAUGGAUCAACACUGCCAACGCUUCUUCUGGUUAGACGAAAACGAAAUAGAACCCAGCUUGUAUGUCGUUCAGGUAAUGACCUUCGGAGCCUGCUGUUCACCGAGCAUCGCGCAACACGUCAAGAACGCUAAUGCGAAACGUUUUGAACAGGAUCACCCGGAAGCAGUCGACGCCAUCAUCAAGCGACACUACGUCGAUGACAUGCUGGUAAGCACGGAAACGGAACAGGAAGCUGUGAAACUGGCGCAAGAGGUGAAAGAAAUUCAUGAGCGUGGCGGAUUCGAGAUACGAAACUGGAUUUCGAACUCCAAAAGGGUUCAGGCAACACUUAAAGGUGAAGCAACGGAGGAGAAAAACCUGAACAUCGGUGAGGAACCUACAACGGAGAAGGUGCUAGGGAUGUGGUGGAACACCAUGACAGAUCGUUACACUUACAAAGUAUCAUCCCGAUACGAACAAGCCUUGUUAACCGGAAGCCGUCGACCAACAAAGCGAGAAGUUCUUCGAAUGUUGAUGAUGGUCUACGAUCCGUUGGGAUUUAUCUCACAUCUACUGAUGUUCCUGAAGGUGUUGCUGCAGGAGAUUUGGAGGACAGCGAUCGGCUGGGAUGAUCCGAUUCAAGAUAAGCAGUUCGAAAAAUGGUUGACAUGGCUGGCAGUGUUUCCACAGAUGAGUUCCAUCGAGGUUCCCCGAUGCUACCGAUCCUUGACAUCCGUUGAAGCAGAUAUUGAGAUGCAUACGUUCGUCGACGCCAGUGAGAAUGGGUUUGCAGCGGUCGUCUACCUUCGAUUCAAUGAGGGAGACACGAUCGAAUGUGCCUUGGCGGGAGCUAAAACUAGGGUAGCUCCACUGAAGUUCCUGUCAAUCCCGCGAUCUGAGCUCCAAGCGGCUCUUCUUGGUGCGCGGCUUGCAGACACUAUACUGUCGUCUCUGUCCAUCAAGGUCUCGAAGCGGUUUUUCUGGACGGACUCCAAGGACGUGCUCUGCUGGUUAGGAUCUGACCAUCGGCGAUACAGCCAAUUUGUCGCCUUCCGGGUCAGCGAGAUCCUAGAGUCGACGGAGAUUAGUGAAUGGCAGUGGGUUCCAACGAAGCUGAACGUGGCCGAUGAUGGAACAAAGUGGGCACGAACUCCAGAUUUAUCUGCACAAAGUCGCUGGUUCAGGGGGCCAGAAUUCCUUUGGCGAGAACAACAGGAGUGGCCUGUCUCGACAGGCUUCGGAAAAACUACCGACGAAGAGCUGCGCCCACACUUGCUAUUCCACGAAUCAACAACAAAACCAGUUAUCGAUCCACAAUACUUCUCUCGCUGGAGUCCUCUGCUUCGUCGCACAACGUAUGUUCUCCGGUACGUUCAGAACCUGAAGCGGUCCACAAGAAAGGAACAACGUGUCAAUGGGUCGCUAACUCAGCAGGAACUGGUUAGAGCUGAAAACUACUUGUUCCGCCUAGCACAGUCCGAAGGUUACGCGGACGAGAUCGCCACGCUGGCAGCGGGAUAUCACCAAACGAGUCCACAAGGAAGGAUCAUUCGGAACAACCCACUCUUUCGAAGUGCCUUCCUCGACGAAAACGGAGUUGCCCGAUUCCGAGGUCGAACGAAGGCGUGCGCAUUCGUCGAUCGUGAUGCUGCUGAACCCAUUAUUCUUCCUCGUCGUCAUCAAGUCACCCGACUAAUUAUAGCUGAGGCCCAUGAGCGGUUCAACCACCAGAACCACGCAACGAUUGUCAACGAGCUCCUGCAACGGUACCGCAUUCCUCGACUGAAAGCGACCUACAACGCUGUUCGGAAAUACUGUCAGCAGUGCAAGAAUGACCUAGCAAAACCACUUCCUCCGAUGAUGGGUGAUCUUCCGCAGUCACGCCUGGCUGCAUUCAGUCGUCCCUUCACCUACAUGGGGGUGGAUUAUUUCGGUCCAAUAUUAGUAUCGGUGGGCCGACAUUCUGAAAAACGGUGGGGGGUUCUCGCGACCUGUCUGACCACACGCGCCAUCCACUUGCAGAUCGCUCACACACUGACCACCGACUCCUGCGUAAUGGCAAUUCGAAACGUCAUGGCUAGGAGAGGAGUUCCUGCUGUGAUCUACAGUGACCGUGGGACCAACUUCCAGGCUACCAGCAAGGAACUAAAGGCGGCAAUCGAGCUACUCGAUCAAAAUAGACUGGCCAGCGAGUUCACUACGAGUCGUACCCAGUGGACAUUUAUUCCACCGGUUUCACCACACAUGGGUGGAGCAUGGGAACGGCUGAUCCGUAGCGUGAAGCAAAACCUAGCUAAGGUACAACCUAGCAGACUACCGACCGACGAAGUGUUGCAGAAUGCGAUGGUGGAGGUUGAAAACAUCGUCAACUCUCGACCAUUGACGGACCUUCCCGUAGACGGUGAUGAGUCACCCGUAUUGACACCCAACCACUUCUUGCUAGGGUCAGCAAACGGCCUCAGAUCAUGGGUUCCGUUCAACGAUAGUCCCGUGCUACGGAGGAACUGCUGGAUCCAGUCACAAAUUAUGGCUGACAAGUUCUGGAAGCAGUGGGUACGAGACUAUCUACCCUGUCUUACGCGAAGAACGAAGUGGUUCACUCCAGCGACUCCAAUUACUGUCGGUGAUACUGUGGUGAUCGUUGACGCGAAGCUAUCCAGAAACUGCUGGCCUAAGGGCAGAGUUAUCGCUACGCAUCAGGCUCCAGACGGACAGGUACGGUGGGCGACAGUACAAACAGCGUCUGGUGGAAUAUACGAGCGCCCGGCAGUUUCGUUGGCUGUGCUCGACGUAGGCGUUAGGACGAAUACGCUAUCGGAUGAUCCUUCGCGCAUUCCGGGGGGAGUGUUGUCUACGCCCGUCGGUAACUAGAGCGUCGGUGCCCCCACUCGACGCCACAUCACUGCGCGCCACACCUGGCGCUGGCGAAGGGAUCGGCUGCGAUACCAAGGAUAGACAACAAACCAAUCAGACAAAAGAAGAUACUAAUUACAUGAUAUAGUGAAGGUCUAUUAUUAAAAUCUAAAUUCGUCCUAUAAUCUAGUGCUAAAACCUAAGUUAAUCUAUCUAGUGUUUAUACCUUGACCGUAAAUACUAAAUUCAAGAUAAGGUGAGGUGUAGUGUAUGGGAAAAGAUCGAUUUGCUUACAGAUUAGUGUUCUUACAAAUAGGUUACAACUACGGCUAGAAACUAAGGAGAAAUUAGUGCUAUACUAUAAAUACUACAAACUACUGCUAGAUCUACACAAGUGAACGCUAAAGCUGCGCAUAGCUAGGGAUGCUCAAGACGCAUUCGGAGUAUUAUGUGGAAGAGAAGUUGAAUUGCUAAAAGAAUUUAUAACCUCCCUAUUACUCGGUAAUAAACGUUAAUGAAUUCGGCAAAUUCAGGCGACAUCCGCAACUAUUCUUCCAACAAACAUCAAUUUU